CGUCCCCGUGUGGGGAGGCUGUGUUGGAGCUCAUCUGCAGCCUCCAGUGCCAGGGUUCCACAUCUGUCGGCAGGAGCUCGUUCCUGAGUAGGCGUUCGUGAGCUUUCGUCCCGGCCCUUGAUCGCGGUUCUUCUCAGGCUGUUUGUUAGGGGUUCGUGAGCGCCAGAGCUCUGGAGAGCUGCCCCUGCCAGCAGCAGCCCGGCAAGAGCCCAGGCUCCUCAGAGCCAGCUGGGAUGCUGACAGGGACCGAAACAGAAACAGUCCUCACGUCCCAUGACUGAACUCCCACCCGAAAGCAGCAGAAAGGGUGAGGCUUUGGUGCUGCUGAGAAGCAGCAGGAAGAGCCAAGGCCUCUCCUGCAAGAAACGUCACAGCCAAGAGCAAUUUCUGGAGUCAGAGAGGAAGGCCUGGGAGGAUGCUGGACUCGUCCUGUCCACGACUAGCAACGAAGCCUGUAAACUGUUUGAUGCUGCGCUGACCCAGUAUGCAACCUGGACCAACAAUGAGAGCCUGGGAGGCAUUGAGGGGUGUCUGUCCAAGUUGAAAGCAGCAGAUCCAAAUUUCGCAAUGGGACAUGUCAUUGCUAAUGGUUUGGAGCUGAUUGGCACGGGAAGUUCAGUGCGGCUCAGUAAAGAGCUGGACAGUGCGAUGAGAACGAUGAUGACACUUUCAAAAUCACAGCCACUGACUGAGCGGGAGAAGCUCCACGUGUCAGCGCUGGACAUGUUUGCCAGUGGCCAGCUUCCAAAAGCUUGCGAUCUGUGGGAACAGAUUCUGCAGAGCCAUCCAACUGACCUGCUAGCCCUCAAAUUUUCCCAGGACACUUAUUUUUACCUGGGAUAUCAAAUACAGAUGCGAGAUUCUGUUGCCCGGGUUUAUCCUUUUUGGACGCCUGAUAAUCCACUAAGCAGCUACGUGAAAGGCUACUACUCUUUUGGACUCAUGGAAACAAACCUUUUCGAUCGUGCUGAGGAGCUUGCCCGUGAGGCUUUGGCCAUAAAUCAGACAGAUGCUUGGUCUGUUCAUACUAUAGCUCACGUAAAUGAAAUGAAAGCAGAGGUGAAGAAAGGGCUGGAAUUCAUGAAGGAAACAGAAAGCAACUGGAAGAACAGUGAUAUGCUUUCUUGCCAUAAUUACUGGCACUGGGCUUUAUACUUUAUUGAAAAGGGUGAAUAUGAGGCUGCCUUGACAAUUUAUGACAAUCAUAUCGCUCCCCGGUGUCAGUCGAGUGGAAGCAUGCUGGAUAUAGUAGAUAACUGUUCAAUGCUCUACAGGCUUCAUCUGGAAGGUGUAAAGAUUGGAGACAGGUGGAAUGAGGUUCUCAAGCUUACAAAGAAGCACACCAAAGAUCACAUUCUUCUGUUCAAUGAUGUGCACAUCUUGAUGUCCUCACUUGGAGCCAAAGACCACAAAAUGACUGAUGAGCUUUUAACAACUCUUCAGGAACUUGCCAAAGCACCUGGUGAAGACCAUGAGCUUUCCCUGGCUCCUAGCUUGGGGUUGCCACUGUGCCAGGCUUUUGUGGAGUUUGAAAAUGGAAAUUGUGAUAAAGCUGUAGACCUGCUGUACCCAAUCCGUUAUCAACUCAUCCAAAUGGGAGGCAGUAACGCUCAGAGAGAUGUUUUCAGCCAGUUACUAAUUCAUGCUGCUCUAAAUUCUAAGUCACAAGCCAAACAAAACCUUGCAAGGUGCCUCCUGAGAGAACGUGAUGUGGUGAGACCAAAUUCACCAAUGACGGAGCGACUCAUGAGGAAGGCAGCAGCUGUUCAUUCACUGGCAUAAGCCUUCCUUCUGUGCUUCCCUCUGAGUACCUUACGAGUUAAAAGUCUGACCACAGUUUCCUUAAAAUAAGUAGAAAGUUGUUGCAUUUCAGGAGGCUGUAUCUUAGGUGAUUCCACAAGGAAGUAGGAAGAUGAACUGCUGAUAAUCACAGCUUUCUGAAGCAUCUCGGGACACCGAUUUUCUGGUAUCUUUUCCUGAAAGCUCCCUCUGAGCCUGAUGAUGUACAGCACUGUCACAGGGCCUGGAUUUCUGUCAUUCAUUGGCCCCAUUUGCAAGAGCCAGUACAGGCAUAAAGUCAAUUCCAUAUCAAGCCUCCAGCCCAAUCAGGCAUGAAUCAGACCCUGGCAUUACAGAUCUGUCUGCAUUCAGGAUCUCUCUCCAGCUGCAUGUUUUUACACUUCUACUCAAAAAAUGUUACCCUUUUUCCCUUCAGUAUAGCACCUCAGAGCUUUCUGAAUUACUAGGUGAAUGGAACCAGACAAGCUGGCCACAACUGUUCUAAUAUGGGUGCUCCCUUUGUACUUUUAAAUCUUUCAGAAAAAAAGGAAAAGCCUGGAUUUCAGUUAAAACAGUACUGCCUCUGAAUGGGAGUUUGAACUGGUCUCUUUGUGCUUACCUCAGGUUUUGGAAAGUCAGGCCUUACUACCAUCUCAAUACCACGAGUCCCUUCCUGUAGUAGAGUUUAAAACUGAUGUUAAAGCACACACUUUAUAGAGGCAUCUCAGAACUGGUAAAGACUGGAAGGGCACUCCUCCGUAGGAAGAGAGCUAAGGAACUGAGACAAAGCUUCAUCAUGCCACAAGUGAUGUGACAAGCUUUGGUGCUGCAAAUGAGGCACAAUAUGAGCCAUGUAUCUCUGGACCCCUGCAGCAUAGCAGCUGUUUUGCAGCAUUAACCCAGAAAUUCCUAAAUAAGGGGAAAAGGGUAUUUCAAAUCAAAACUGAAUUAAUGCCUCCUUAUGAUUCCUGAAUAGAAAUGCCACACUCUUCAAUUGCCCGAGCUCUGGCUUUGGUAUCACAUCUGUGAGCUCUCCUGGACAAACACAUACCUGCCCCUCCUUCCUGUCACACUCAGGCACUUCUCCAUGUCCCAGAGCAGCCCCAUCCCACAUACAGUUUCUUUUUGACCUAAAGAAGCACUUUCAUGGCUGGCCCUGCAUUGCUCCUGGAGUUCUUGCCUGGAGGAGUAAGAUGUGCCUUGCUGCUACCCUUCUUCCCCCAGCCCUCAUGUGAGGUAAAAAAAAGGUAUUUUUAAAUGAAUGAUAAUUUGUGAAAGUAGGUCAGGGUGUUGCAUCCUCACCUGCAGCCUUUUCAAUCUUGUGGACAGUUGUACUUCCCUGUUCUUAAGCUUCAUCAUUGCUUUAUCUUUCCAAUCAUGGCUAAAGUUAUACUAGAUUUUUACUGUUAUUUUUUUAAUUAGUGCAUUGCAAGCAAUUACUUAGGUAGCUUUUUACUCAAGGAAUGUAACAAAUCUUAGGGAACAAAAGCCUGAGAAAUCUGCUGGCUGUUCACAAAGUGUGUAGUGUGUGUGAUCCAUUGCUACACAAAUUUAAGAAUGACAUAAGUAGUACUUUUUAUAUAUUGUGAUUGAGAAUUUUACCUGCUUUACAUCAAUAAAUUCAAAGAUGUGCUCA